GCGACACAAAAGGCGAUUCCAACAACGGUUACUUUUCCUGCAAUUUCUCGCCAUUGUAGAGGUGGUUGAUGAUGAUUUUUCGGACUUGUGGUUGAUGUCUAAACGAUUUCUACCCACGACGUCAGUUAUCUCCACGACGGAAUCAACUUACCAUCGUGAUGAAGUGUUACGAAGACAGUUACCAGAACAGAGGAUAUAUAAUAUUGGUUACGGAAUAAUCAAAACUCCACAUUUGUUUAUUUCCUUUCUGGCAAAUCUGCUUUCCUUCUGUUGGAGAUUCUUUCUCUUCCACUCAAUGGCAGACAACAUACGUCGAGCCUUUCAAGACAUUGAUUUAGGCAUCAAUGAUGCCCCUUUUGUUCUUCCACCGGAGAUCGUCCGCCAAGCCGAAGAAGAAAACCGUUUCAUCCUUAUCGGUCGACCAGUCAUGCCCCGCCGCCAAAAUCUUCGUGCGAUCAUUGCCACCAUGCCCAGAAAUUGGGGACUUGAAGGACUGGCCAGAGGGCGAAUUAUCGAACAGCGUCGCUUCCAAUUUGUCUUCCCCUCGGAAGAGGCGAUGGAGACUGUCAUCAGAAGAGGACCGUGGGCCUUCGCAGAUCGAAUGUUGGUGCUACAACGCUGGACCCCGUUAAUGGAUCUAGCCUUGCUCGAUUUUAUUCCUUUCUGGAUCCAAAUCCGAGGGAUCCCGUUUCAAUACAUGAACCGUGAAGUCAUCGUUUCAAUUGCGCGUACAAUGGGCCAGUACAUCCAAAUGGAUUACAAUGAAGAGAAUGGGAGUCGUUUGGAUUUCGUCAGAGUCAGAAUUAACUGGAACAUCAUCAAUCCACUACGUUUCCAAAGGAACUAUCAAUUUGUUCUGGGCAUCAACACUACCCUCCGAUUCCAAUAUGAACGGCUCCGUGGAUUCUGCGAACUCUGCGGAAUGCUCACUCACGAUUCUGGAGCAUGUGUCAUCAACAAUGGCGGCCCGGGUCAAGCAGAUGAAGAUGAUGAUGAUGAUGAUGAUGAUGAUAGUGGAGAGGAUAAUGAGGCUCCUGAGCUUGUGCCAAACCAAGGGGUAAUAAUUGAAGAAGUUAAUGAUGAGGAAGAACAUCACGAUGAUGCUGAAGAUGGAGGCAAUGAGCAAGAAGCAAAUGAAGAGACAGUACAAGACGAUAUGGAGGAAGAAGAGAAAGAGGAUGAACUGUGGAAUGGUUCACGCAUGCGUACGAUGUUUACAGAUGAAGCCAUCACUGAGGAGAUGUACAACCCAAUUGAUCCUUUUGGAAUCAAAACUGACAGAGAAGUUGGGAUAAAGAGGAAGGCGUGGAUGUCAGAGGCUAAUGGGAACACAGCCAGGCUCACUAAUGCAGAACAUGGAGAGACAAGCGGCACAAGGAACACCAAACGCUCGAAGGUGUUAUAUCCUAUUAAUGGCACUCAAAGUGAGAAUGAAGAAGAUUCAGAGUCAGAGAACUCUUCUGGUUUGGGAGGCGCGGUGGGCCCAGAACCACCUCUUCCACCAUGAGGACAGCCUGCUGGAACUGUCGAGGUCUAGGCAAUGACUCGACGGUUCGACGCCUAAAGGAGAUCAAUCGGAAGUAUCUCCUGGACAUAAUAUGCCUAUCCGAAACUAAGCAGCAGGAUGAUGUUAUUAGGGAUGUGGGUGCUCAGUUAGAUUGUCUUAAUUAUGUUUCAGUUCCUCCAAUAGGUCUAAGUGGUGGUUUAGUUCUUUAUUGGAAAGCUCA